CAUUGAGCACGAGUAUAUAUAUGUUUAUGUUUAUGUUUAAUUAAGAGAAGAGAGCAAAAUCAUGAGUAGUGAUCGUAUUCUACUUCUCCUUUACUUCCUCCUCUUCUUCCAAUUUGGUUCCAUUCAGACGGCACAGGCUCAACUCUUGCCUGAUGAAGAGGUAUCUGCUUUCAACACUGUAGCACAGAAUUUGGUGCUCCCUAUAAGCAUAAGCAAUAAAACCUGCAAUGAUAGCGGGGGCCUUUAUCCGGAUUAUGGCAUUGGAUGCAUUUGCAACUCCAUCACCAACACGUGCCAUAUCGAGAGACUCUCAUGGGGCAACAGGGGCCUAAGGGGAUUUCUCUCACCAGAAGUGGCAAAACUUACGUAUCUGACAGAGCUCAAUUUGGGUGGCAACAAAGUUCACGAUAUAAUCCCAGAUUCUUUGGGGAAUAUGCGUUGGCUCUAUUAUCUGGAUCUUUCAAAUAAUCAAUUGACAGGAGAAAUACCGGUUAGCCUGGGGAAUUUAAAGGCUCAAUUUAAAAGGAGAGGAUCAUCCAAGACAAUAGGCAGGCCAGUUAAAGCUGGUGGCCCGUAUACGAGAGGCGAAUGUCUUGGUGGCCGGUAUUCGAGAGGCGAAUGUCUUGGUGGCCCGUAUACGAUAGACUGCCCAUCUUUCACUUUGGAUCUUUCAAGCAAUAAUCUUAAUGGAUCCAUACCAGAAAACUUAGGCAAUAUAACAUUCGAUGAUUUCGAAAAGGCCAAGCCGAACGCUGACUGUGACGACUUCACCAUUUCUCUCCAAAACAAUCUGCUGACGGGGACCAUACCGAAGGGUUUAGGAGACCUAAAGUAUCUUACAAAACUAUAUUUGAGCGAAAAUCAGCUGAGUGGUUCUCUUCCACCUGAACUUGGAAAUUUGACUGAACUUACAGAACUCACGUUGCAAUCCAAUUAUUUUACUGGCGAGUUUCCGUCCAGCUUCGGCCAACUUGUAAAUCUGUCCUCAUUUUCAAUAUCUGGGAACUAUUUGACCGGUCCUUUCCCUAACGUUAUUGCAAAUUGGACUAAAAUCCGAGAAUUGUCCUUUGAAGGCAACAAUUUUCAGGGCGGGAAUAUACCUUUGGAAAUUUUCAAUUUUUCAGAAGUUUACUCACUGAAAAUAAGUGAUGUAGCGAAUUCUUCUUUUAUAUUCCCAAAAUCUAUAGCGCUAGCGUUGGACUUCACACAUACUCUGGUAUUGAGGAAUUGCUCUAUUGGGGGUUCGAUCCCUGCAGAUAUUGGUAAUCUGUCAUCAUUAGUUUACUUAGAUUUGAGCUUCAACAACUUAACUGGUGAAAUUCCAGAUUCAUCGCCAAGUUUUAAUUUAACUUACUUGUCUGUUGCGAAUAAUCUUCUUAGUGGUCCAAUCCCAGCUUGGAUUUCUGGUGCAGCUUCCCGGACUGAGUUGGAUCUUUCGUUCAACAAUUUCAUAAAUGAAAGCAAGGAAUUAAAUGGAAAAGAAAAUGUCAACUUGUUUUCCUGCUGCCAGUCCUGUUCCGUUUGUCCCCCCGAAAUGAGAGGAGUGGACCAUUUGAUGAAGGAAAGUUGUCCCAAGUACCAUGAUUUGAUGCACAUAAACUGUGGAGGUGAGGAAAAAGAUAUCGAUGGAGCUCGUUAUGACCAAGAUAACGAAACAGCACUAUAUGGUGUGAAUUUAUCCAGCAACUGGGCUUUCAGUAGCUCGGGGAGCUUUUUGUCAACUAGUACAAAUUCCAGUGAUUAUAUAAAAAAGGUCAAAUGUGGAAUUUCAGUUGAUGAAGCACCUCUGUAUGAGAAAGCUCGACUGGCUCCCGUGUCUCUAAACUACUAUGGGUAUUGCUUACAUAAUGGUAAUUACAGUGUCACACUUCAUUUCGCUGAGAUUGUAUACGUAGAUCAAGAUGACGAUGACCCUGAUAAUGAUUACAAUAGCCUAAAGAAACGUGUAUUCGACAUAUAUAUUCAGGGUGAGAGGGUACGAACAGAUUUCUAUAUCAACAGCAGUGCGGGACCAAACAAAGUAGUUGUUGAAAACUAUACCACUACUGUGAACAACAAUCAAUUGGAGAUUAAAUUGUACUGGGCUGGAAAGGGGACUAGUUCAGACGAACCACCUGAUUUUAAUGGGCCUCUCCUAUCAGCCAUUUCCGUUGCUCGUGAUGUCCCAAAAGAGAAAAAAGGACUAUCUCGUUGGCAAAUAGCAUUGAUUACGAUUGGAUCCAUUAUAUUUGCUCUGCUACUUUUUUUGGCUUUCGCUUGGGUUAUGGGAUGGCUGGAGAAGGAAGAGCUGCACGAUAUAAAAGUAGACGAAAAUAAAACUGUUACCCUAAAAAAAUUAAUCGCUGCAACUCAAAGUUUUAGUAAAGAAAUGGAGAUUGGGAAAGGUGCUUCGGGGACAGUAUAUAAGGCUGAACUGUCUGAUAACCACAAUGUUGCUGUGAAAAAGCUUUCCACUCUAUCCGAAGAAGGAAUCCAAAAAUUGAACAACGAAAUUGUUAACAUCCAAAAUUUGAAGCAUGAAAACCUUGUUCGGCUGUUUGAUAUUCAUGUAGGAAAAGACUUGUGUUUUCUUGUAUAUGAAUACAUGGAAAAUAAAUCCCUGGAAGAUGCUUUGCUUGGCCCAACAAGAAAAGUCCAACUUGAGUGGAAAACAAGAUUCGACAUUUGCCUAGGAAUUGCCAAGGGUUUGAAGUAUCUACAUGAGCUUCCAAGACUGAAGAUGGUUCACAGGGGAAUUAAAGCUGCUAAUAUCCUUCUUGAUGGAACUUUUAAGCCUAAGAUCUCAGACUUUGGGUUGGCAAGAACUUCUACAGAAAGUGAUAAUGCUAUUCAAUUUCGACGGGUAAUGGAAGAAGCAUCAAAUGGUUAUAUGGCGCCAGAGUACACAGCGAAAGGAACGGAAUUAACUGAAAAAUAUGAUGUAUACGCAUUUGGGGUAGUUCUACUUGAAAUUGUCUGUGGGAAGAAAAAUGUAAGUCCAAGCAGGAAAAAUAAUCAAGAGAUUGAGAUUCUUGUGGACCAGGUUCGCGUAACAGAAAAAAAAGGAACUCUGCUGAAAGAUAUGCCAGACAGUAGUAUGGACAACAUUUAUGACACAAAACAAGUCAUUACUGUCCUAAAGCUAGCAAUGAUGUGCACCAAUAUAUCUCCUGGUGUUAGACCCACCAUGUCUCAAGUUGUGAGUGUUCUAAUGAAUAAGAAGACCCUUGAAGAGAUUUUUGAAGAAGAUGAUAUAUUUAAAUAUGAAGACUUUGCGGAAGACGACUUUAAUGGGAAUAUAAAAGUAAGUGAUGAAGGAGAAAGAACUGUCACCCUCAAAGAAUUAAUAGAUGCAACUCAAAUGUUUAGCAAAACAAUGAAGAUCGGUAAAGGAGGUUUCGGGACAGUUUAUAAGGCCAUCCUGCCACGUGAUAAUUAUGUUGUUGCUGUGAAGAAGCUUUCCACACUUUCAAAUGAAGGAAUUGACAAACUAGAAAAAGAAAUUUGUAAUUUCCAAAGUUUGGGGCAUGACAAUCUUGCUCGGCUCUUUGAUUUUCACCUAAAAGAAGGCUUGUGCUUUCUUAUUUAUGAAUACAUGGAAAAUAAAUCUCUAGCUGAUGCCUUGUUCGAUCCUAAGAACAUAGUCGUACUCGACUGGGAAACUAGAUUCAACAUGUGCCUAGGAAUUGCAAAGGGUUUGGAGUAUCUACAUGCGUGUAAGAUUGUUCACAGAGGAAUCAAAGCUGCUAAUAUCCUUCUCGACGGCAGUUUUAAGCCUAAGAUAUCUGACUUUGGAUUGGCUAGUGCUUAUGCAGAAAACGAUAAUGAUUCUACUCAGUUACUCAGGUUCAUGAAAACAGAAGCAUCAAAUGGAUAUAUGGCGCCAGAGUACCCAAUGAUUGGAAAGCAAUCAAGUUUUAAAUAUGACGUCUAUGGAUUUGGGGUGAUUCUACUUGAAACUGUUUGUAAAAAGAAAAAUGUCAGCCCAAGCAGUAAAAGCAAUCAGAAGCUUGAGAUUCUUGUGGACGAGGUUUGGUUAGCAGAUUCAAAAGGAAGGCUGUUAGAUAUGCUCGACAAAAGUUUGUCCGUUAAUGAAAGGGAACAAGUGAUAACUGUCCUAAAGCUAGCAAUGAAAUGCACCAGCAUAUCGCCUAGCGUUAGACCUACUAUGUCUCAAGUCGUGAGUGUUCUAAUGAAUGAGAAGACCCUCGAAGAGAUUUCUGAGCCCGCAGCCUCUCGAGAAGCUGAUGUAAUUAGUCAAGACUUUACAGAAGACGUUGUUAGAGAUGCAGAUUCAUCAGCAUAACUUUUAAAAUGAAGGAUAUAUAAUAAGAGGGAAAGAAAAAACCAAAAAGAACCUCUGCACUAUAAUGUUUAGUAUUUAGUUAUUUUAAUCUGGUUGCACUAAAUUACUGUACGUAAUUAAUAUAGCAAUAUAGAUGAUGACUUUGAUUCGUAGUAAUCUUUAUCACUGAGAUAUAGAUCAACAUUAUGAAGUAUAUAUGAACUUGGCUUUCUAUAGAUGUUUUGCAAGUGUGAUGUUUGUAUAUAAAUGUGUUUACUGCGUACCAAUGAUACACCUUGGAGACCACAUAGAAUUGGACUUAGGCUUAUUGUUGAUGUGUUGUAUUUUAUUGUGAGCCUUGUACGCGGGCUGAAUAGUAUAUGAUAGUGAUCUUCGGUGUAAUAGAUAGAAAUCAAUGAAAUGAAUAUCAGAAUUGUUCACUCUCUA